AUGGCGGGCCGGCAGAGGAAGCAGCCGCACCACCCAGUACCUGAAACUAUUGAUGAUGAUUUGCUUCCUACAAUGAAAUUCCGUGUUUUUUUCAAAGAUAUUUUAACACUCAACAUGUGGAACACUAACCAGGCUCCUUCUCCCUUAGUGUGUCCCCGGGCUCCUUGGUUUGCCGAGUACGGUUACGCUCCGCAGGUGCUGAACGUCUGGGGUCGUGGACCCCAUCUAGGUGCCAGCGUCACGGAGGUACAGGGUGUGGCGGAGGGCUCGGGGCCGGGCCUUGCUGCAGCCGCCGCCCUGGCCCCAGCCCCAGUGGCGGCGCCGACCUCGCAGUUCACCCUGCUGGUGAUGCACCCGUGCGGAGGGCAGGACGAGGCGGCGGCCGCGGGCAGCGUCGGGCCGUGCAAGCCCGUCGGGUACCCGUGCGACAUGGCUGGGGAUGCCGAGGAGGAGGCGGGGGAGGACGAAGCGGACCAGCUGGACACUUCGGACCCCCCCGGAGGAGGCGAGAGCACCGCCAGUUUGGAGGACCUGGAGGACGAAGACACUCACUCUGGGGGCGAGGGCGGCAGCGGCGGGGCCCGGAGGCGGGGCAGCGAAGGGGGCAGCGUGAGCAAGAUCUGCACCUACGAGGGCUGCAGCGAGACCACCAGCCAGGUGGCCAAACAGCGCAAGCCGUGGAUGUGCAAGAAACACCGCAACAAGAUGUACAAGGACAAGUACAAAAAGAAGAAGAGCGACCAGGCCCUCAAUUGUGGAGGGCCCACCUCUUCUGGCAGCGCGGGAAGCGUCAAGCUGGAGGAAAGUACAGAUAACAUACUCUCCAUUGUCAAACAAAGAACAGGAUCUUUUGGGGACCGCCCUACAAGACCUACUCUUUUAGAACAAGUGUUAAAUCAGAAAAGACUGUCAUUACUACGAAGUCCUGAAGUAGUGCAAUUUUUACAGAAACAGCAGCAACUACUAAAUCAGCAAGUUUUGGAGCAAAGACAGCAGCAAUUUCCAGGAGCAUCAGUGUGAGGGAAUUUAUCAAGAACCUCUGUGUGCUUUUUGUCUUACUGUAAUACGUGAACAUAUUUUUAUACUAAAGAUAAAUGAGUAAAAUAUGCUACUUGAACAUAAACACUUUCUGUAAAUGUAUAUAUGCA